GCCGGUGUUUCGGCCAUGACAGUAUUGGCCCGUGGUUCCUCGCUCCUCCGUGGUCUCCUGGGCCGAGGGCCGGCGCUGGGCGAGAGCGCUGCACCCCGCGUGGUGUCCCCGGGAACGGCCGGGCGCGGGUCCGCUGGCUUUCGGAGCAGCGGCGUGAGAUAUGAAGCUGUUGUCAUCUCAGGAACUGAAAUGGCCAAACAAAUCCAGAAAGAAAUACAUCAAGGUGUGGAAUCAUGGAUUGCCCUUGGGCACAGAAGACCUCACCUCAGUAUCAUUUUAGUGGGAGACAACCCAGCAAGCCAUACAUAUGUCAGGAAUAAGAUAAAAGCUGCCUCAGCAGUAGGUAUCUGUAGUGAGCUCAUUCUAAAACCUAAGGAUGUUUCUCAGGAAGAACUUUUGGAUAUAACUGAUCAAUUGAACAUGGACCCAAGAGUCAGUGGUAUAUUAGUUCAGUUACCGCUUCCAGAUCAUGUGGAUGAGCGAACAAUAUGCAAUGGAAUUUCCCCAGAAAAAGAUGUGGAUGGAUUUCAUAUUAUCAAUAUUGGAAGACUGUGCCUUGAUCAGCAUUCUCUCAUACCUGCCACUGCUGGUGCUGUUUGGGAAAUAAUUAAAAGAACAGGAAUUGAAACAUUUGGGAAAAAUGUGGUUGUGGCUGGAAGAUCCAAGAAUGUAGGCAUGCCUGUUGCCAUGCUUUUGCACACUGAUGGAGAGCAUGAACGGCCAGGAGGUGAUGCAACUGUCACCAUAGCUCACAGAUACACUCCCAGAGAACAACUGAAGAUCCACACUCAGCUGGCAGAUAUUAUCAUAGUAGCUGCAGGUAUUCCAAAGCUGAUUACAUCUGAUAUGGUUAAAGAAGGUGCUGCUGUAAUUGAUGUCGGUAUCAACUAUGUCCAUGAUCCGGUAACAGGAAAGACAAAAUUAGUUGGAGAUGUGGACUUUGAAGCUGUUAAGGAGAAAGCUAGUUUUAUCACUCCAGUUCCAGGAGGCGUGGGACCCAUGACAGUGGCGAUGCUUCUGAAGAAUACUCUUCUGGCAGCUAAAAAAAUCAUUCACUAGACGUCAUGGAAGAAUCAAGCAACUGAGGUUAUGCUGUGUAUUUCUUUGACAAAGGGCAAAAACCUUUA